AUGUCACAGCAUCCAAGACCAAUUCAAAGACAACAACAACAGCCACAACAACAACAACAAAGAUAUGCUAAUCAACAUCCAUUACCUCAAAACCCUAGACAGCAGCAAUAUCAGCAGAUUCCUCAAUCACAGCCAUUACCUAGACCAAACUCAGGUUUCGCACAGGAUAGAAUAGCAUCUCAACCCAAUGCUCCUGGAUCACCAUAUGCUGGAUAUGCUCCAAGUGCCUACAAUCAACUUCAACAAAGAAAUACAAGCCAACCUAAUAUUAUACAACAGCAGCAGCCAAGAGCCGAUCCUGCACAAAUCUUGGAACGUCAAUUAAGGGAAUUGUUUGAUAGAGUGGAUAGAGAUCAUGAUGGAGGGUUAACAGAAGAUGAACUGGCAACAGCACUAAUAAAUAAUGACGGAACACAAUUCAGAUCAAGUACAGUAAGACUGAUGAUCAGAUUAUUCGAUAAAGACGGCUCAGGGACAAUUGAAUUCAAAGAGUUUUUCCAUUUAUGGAAUUAUAUCUUACAUUGGAGGAAAACUUUUCAAAAAUACGAUGUUGAUUCUAAUCAAAAAAUUUCAUUUGGUGAGUAUCAAUCAGCAUUAGAAAGCUUUGGCUAUAGAUUACCUACGGAUAUCGUAUUGUUUAUAUUCCAAAGAUUUGGUGAUUUUAAUAGUAACCAGCCAAUGUCUUUAAGAUUUGAUAUGUUUGUUGAAAGUUUAGUUUGGUUAUUACGUUGUACCAAUAUUUUCAAAAAGUUUGAUACUCAAGGUAAUGGAAUUGCAACUAUUUCAUUUCAGGAUUUUGUUCAUGAGAUAUUGUCAUUUAUUUAG